GUCUCUCUCUCUAUAUUCAUAUCUAUCUUUAAAAUCGAAGCAUCUGUACUUAAAAAGCAGAAAGCUUUUCAUCCACCAUUUGUAAGCUUUUAUUACACGAAUUCUACUCCUUUUUGGUUAAAUGCUCUUUGGCUACUUUCACUUUUUAGCACAUUUCUGUCUCUCUCUCUCUUUGUCUCUCUCUCUCUUUGUAAAGUUUUGAUUUUUGAAAUCAAUCAAUGGAUUCCAUUUCAUUUUCCGACAAGAAACUCAUCAGAAGAUCAACCAUGCCGCCGCCGGCGGUGGCGACGCUAAUGCUCAAAGAUUACCUUCUAGAUGAUAUGAGUUCAUGUUCUUCAAAUGGGUUUCGAUCAAUUCCCCGCAAACAAUGUUGCAACAACGUUAAAUUCAUCCUCGAAUUUGAUCUCAAAAAUCCCAACGGUAAAAAACCCAAACCAUCCAUUCUCCAAAGAGCUUCCGCCGCCGUUAUUAACGCCGUCAAGAUCUUCCCACGAAAAAGAUCAAUUUUACCCAGAAGCUUAUCAAGAAAACUCUCUAAUCGAAGCUUCUGGAAGAAAGAUAUCAGCUUUAUCAAAUCAUUCAAAUGUCUUAAUGAUAAUUCAUUAUCCGUCACCCAACCUUCCUCCGCCGGCGCCGGCACCAUUUCCUCCGCCGGCGCCGCCGAAAUGUCCGGCGCCGUCAUGGGUAAUGUAAGAAAAGGUAAAAGUUUAUCAGACAGCAGUAGUUCGGUUUUUACUUUGGAUAAUUUACUGAGCUCAAGCAGUAAUUCGGAAAGUUCAUGCGAAAACGACGCCGUUUUCAAUGAAAGUUCACCGGAAAAGCCGGUCAGAAAAAUAGCUGACGAUUCUUCAAAGGAAGAAUGGGUUAAUAUUUUGGAGGAGAAGGAACAAUCUAGUCCAGUUUCUGUAUUGGAUUUCCCCUUCGACAAUCAAGAUGACGUUUCUUGGCCUUUUCGUAGAAACGUGUCAAUACACGAAGGAUUGAAACAAAAUCUUCCAGAGAAGUUCAAAAUUUUCAAGAGCCUCUCCAAAUUGGAGCCGGUUGACCUUAGCAAGCGAUUCGCGACUAUUGAACUAGAUGAGGUUUCCACUCAAUCAGAUAACAACAACAACAAGAUUGUUGAAGGAUGUGAUGAAGUUGAAAAGGCGAUACAAGUAGAGGAUAUGCUCGAAUUGGUGAAAGAGGCGUGCCCAUAUUUGAGUCAACUCGAAUAUAAGAUAGAUGGAUUGUUGGUUGAUUUCUUUAACGAGAGAAUCAUUAAUAACGUAGGAGAUUUCUCAAAGAUGUUCGAUAGAGAUGAGGCGAUAAAGGAGGCGGAGAAUUGGAUAAAUGGGCAGCAGGAAGAAUUGUUCUUGGGGUGGGAAAUGGAGAAGAAUAGGAAAGUCUACAUUAAAUAUAUCGAAAAUGGAGGAAAGUUUGAUGAAGAACGAGAAGAGAUUGCAAAUGAGAUUGAAGAGGAAAUUUUCUCUUGUUUGCUAGAUGAAUUGUUGGUUGAUUGAGAUCAUGGGGAGAAUGUCUUGUUCUCCAUUUUGGUUUUUGGUUUAUUAGUUUGUUUGUUUGUCAAUUUUUGAUAAAUUUGGAGACAAAUGAUCUAUUUUUGUGUUAUUAGUUAAUUCCUAAUAAAUUCCAAAAUCAUUUCAAUAUUCUAUUA